CUCAUCACACUGCUCUGCUCGUCGAGUGUUUACGGUAGCUCGCGCCUCUUGUCCUGCUAGUAGUUCUCGUGCUAGUUAGUAGUUUAAUCGCUCAUUUCGUGAGCGUGGGUUGACAGCUCUCUCCUUGUUGCUGAGUCGUCCCAGAACUUCACGUCAAGAUUAUGGGCUUUGACCUAGACCGUUUCGAAGGUCCCGUGGAUCCGGACCUAAUCUGUAAACUGUGUGGGAAAGUUCUAGAGGAUCCUCUCAGCACUCCGUGCGGACAUGUCUUCUGCGCUGCCUGCGUGCUCCAGUGGCUCUCCAAAGUCAGCAGCUGCCCUGUCCAGUGCCAGAAGAUCUCCACCAAAGAGCUGAACCACGUCCUGCCCCUAAAAAACCUCAUUCUCAAGCUGGACAUCAAAUGCGACCACCGUGAACGAGGCUGCAACCGGGUGAUGAAGCUCCAGCAUCUGUCAGAGCACGCGGAGACUUGCGAAUUCUCUCCGGUGAGAUGCGGGAAUGAAGGAUGCGACGCGGUGCUCAGCUUGAAGGAUGUGGCUUCGCACAUGCGGGAGGGAUGCGAGCGCAGGGCCGUGGAGGUCUGUAAGGAUGGAUGUGGACUCGCGCUGACCCUCAAGGAGAGGUCCGAGGCUCACAGCUGUCUCCAAGCUCUCAAGACACACAGCGGUCUCCUCCAAACCAAAGUGCUGAGUCUGGAGAAGGAGCUGAAGCGCCAGUCGCUGAGCUUCAGUAAGAGGGAGAGAUCUCUCCUCUCCAAACUCUCCGCGCUCCACUGUGAGCUGCACAUCACAGCGCUCACAUUUCAGAAGAAAAUCACCGAGUACAAGAGCAGGAUUGACGCGCUGUCAAACAGCUGGAUGCCUCUCGAUAAGGGUGAAGAAACAAGGAGCCUUAAAGUCACCCUCCACAGAACAUCAUCAGGAUCUCUUGGAUUCAGUAUCAUUGGAGGAAGAUUGUUUGGGGAACCAGAGCAGCAUGGGGAUUUCAGUGAUGGCAUCUAUGUAUCCAAGAUAGUGGAAAACGGAGCAGCUGACAAGGCCGGACUGCAUGUUCAUGACAGGAUCAUUGAGGUAAAUGGAAGAAGCAUGUCUGUUGCCACCCAUGAUCAAGCAGUAGAGGCUUUCCAAACUGCCAAAGACCCUAUUGAGGUUCAGGUACUGCGCAGGACAGCACACAAGACUUGCAAGACUCUUAAACCAGCCCGAGGAAUGGACAACAGUACUCAGACCAACAUUACGCUGAAAACCUCGAAACAUAUACAGACUUUGGCCAAGUUAACAUCACCUUCAACACCAUGUAUGGCUUUGCUGGACAGUUUCCGUUCACCUUCACAGUAUCAAAUGGCAAGACGUGACUCACCUUACCCCUCUGACUUCCAUGACGAUGUACAGAAAGACAUUGAGAGUAGAGGACUGGAAUAUGUGGAGGUGGAUCUGCAUAGGAAAACCACUCAGGAUAAGCUUGGCCUGAAGUUAUGUUACAAGACGGAUGAUGAGAAGUCUGCCAUUUAUAUUAGCGAGAUUGCUCCAGAAGGAAUUGCAGCAAAAGAUGGCAGAGUCCAGGAAGGAGACCGGAUUAUCCAGAUCAAUGGAAUGGACAUCCAGAGCCAUGAGGAGGCAGUGACACUUCUGACCAAGGUGGAGAGUAAGAAUGUAACCCUCCUAGUGGCUCGACCAGAAAGUCAGGAUGUUGGCUGGUUGGAGGAUAGAAACAACUUAGAUGACUUGCACAUGAGCACACUGGAGCAGCAACAUCACAAGGUCAAGGAGUUCACUACAAGUAUGCUGCAGCAGAGCACAAAUGAAGAAGAUGGAGGCACUACUGAUACGGCUACUUUACUAUCCAACCAGCAUGAGAAAGACAGCGGUGUAGGCCGCACAGAUGAAAGCACUCGUAAUGAUGAAAGCUCAGAGCAGGACAUCUUGGGGGAUGACCAGAAUUCCCUCUGUGACACUCUCCCAGAAAACCACAAGAAGUACAACUAUAAUCAGGACACUGUCGAAAGUGGGGACAUGCACUUAAGCAAUGCCUCCUUCCUUUUGGCUGACAAUGGAGAUAGUGGAAACUUCCUUGGUAUACCUGGCAUGGCACGUGAACGUUUCCGGAAACUGCUUGAAUUUAAAUCUCUGGUGAAUGGUAACAGUCUUCAGGGAUUUCUGGAGCAUAAUGCCACACUGUAUGGAAAGGGGGUUAAUGUAGACUGUGAUGACCAGGAGAUUCAGAUGCUUAAUGAGGAGUUGCUUAACAUUGAGCUGGAAUGCCUGAGUAUCAUGCAAGCACACAGGCUUCAGGCUGAAGGUGGUAAUCAGCAAGCCAAAAAACCUAGUGCCAAGCACUUUUUUGAGCAAGUCCAUCAGGACCUCAUCAAUAACCAAGUGGACAACGAAGGCUCUACUAGUGCUUACAACACUGGAGAGAGCUGCUGGAGUUUACAUCCUACUCUGGAAGCAGAUUCUCUUGAAUCCCAAAGGAUGGUUGCUGGAGACAAGGGUAAAGGUUCUCCCAUGCAUAGACGCAACUCAACAACAGCAUGCUCCAAACAUAACCUCUCUCCCAUUCAGGAGAUCAGCCCUACCAAGAGUUUACCUGGAGAUCCAGAGGUUACAAAUCAGGGGAAAAGAAAGUGUAAGAAAAAGAACCCAAGGAAGAGUCUUUUGACAUCCUUGCGUCAUUCCUCAUACAAGAACAUCUACAUCCCAGCCCAUGCACAACAUUACCAAAGCUACAUGCAACUUAUCCAGCAGAAGUCAGCUGUGGAAUAUGCCCAGAGUCAAGUCAGCUUAGCCAGCCUGUGCAAGAAUGCAGAUACCACCCCCACGCAGUCCAGGCCCAAGACGGGGUGGAAGGUAAAAAUCCGUAGUGAUGGAACAAGGUACAUCACCAAAAGGCCUAUCAGGGACCAGCUUCUGAAGGAGCGAGCUUUGCGCAUUCGAGAAGAACGCUGCAGUGCAACUACAGAUGACGAUGCAGCCAGCGAACUAAAACUGGGUCGAUACUGGAACAAGGAGGAGCGCAAACAGCAUGCGGCACGAGCUAAAGAACAGCGUCAACGGCGGGAACUCUUGAAGCAGUGCUGCAUAGAGAGCAAAGAACAAGCCGGAGCACUGGACGACAAGAAGGAGCCUGAUAUUAUCCAGCUUAGCCGUAAAAAGAUGAUGAAGAGGAGGAACAAGAGGAUAUUUGACAAUUGGAUGACCAUUCAGGAGCUGCUGACACAUGGCACAAUGUCCACAGAUAGUACAAGACUAUAUAAUUCCUUUCUUUCUGUGACUACAGUAUAAGGGAUUGCGUGGUUUAGGGCACUUUACUAGUUUACGGUGUAAAAUAAUGUGAGGUUUGGUAUGGGAAAUCUUGCCUCAUUUCAAGAGGUGGGUCAUUUAGGGACUUAAGUAUGAAAGAGAUUUGUGAGACACCGUAGUUUGAGUACAUAACCGUGAUGCUGAAUUAAAGUAAACCACAGAUUUCCUAUCUUAAUACUUUAUAGAACUUGAGGGUGCACUAACAUUGCAGUUUGUACUGAAAUAUUUUAUUGAAUGACUCAUCAUAGUUUAAUGUAAGAACAGAUGCGAAUCUAUUUUAUGUGAAAUUCUAGCUCUUAUUUGCGCUUACUGCCCAUUACUUGCACAUCACCCACUUAUUAAAUGUGAUGGCUAGCAAUAUUAGGUUUCACUUAAACAUUGCGGUGAAAAUGAAUUGUGUCUAUGACCUGAUAUUCCAAAGAGUUUUAUUCAGAUAUGUUAGAAAUGUCUCCGGUUGCCACAGAUUAAGCAUAUCACUGCUUUUAAUGUGAACAUUUAUUGCUCUUCAGAAAUACUGUUGAAAGCCCAAGCAUUCCGUUCACAUGAUGGGAGACCAUACAAUUUUCACUUUUCACAAAAGCAGUGAACACUUAUAAUCUACAAAAUCUAAUUAAAAAAUUCUACAUAUCAAAAAGGAGCUGUGGAAAUAGGUAUGGGUAGAACAGCCUGUAUACAUGUCUGUAGGAAGCAUGAAAAGUACAGUUUAAGAGAUGUUGGUGUUGACAGUGUUGCUCAUUUUAACCUUUUUACAACUGUUUGCCAUUGUUUGAUGAAACAAAAUGAAAAUCUUAUAACAAAUAAGGAUGGCUCAAUAGUGGUUAAGCAUAAUAUGUCAGUCGAAAAGACAGGCUCACUAUAUUAAGUUACACAUUGCAACCAACAGCACUCGAGCAUCUAGUGCAUGGAAAAUCACAUUAGUCCAUUUUAGAAUCUAUUUACCAGCAUCAGUGGAUUAAUACAUGUCGGUGCUAUGCUGGGAAGGCAGUUAAAAUAAAAGGACCUAAAAAUAAAA